UUUAAAUUUGAUUUUUGUUUACGGUUUUUUUUACAAGCAAAGGAAGCAAAAAGCAAGUAAUUUACCUUUAUGAAUGAAGCAUGCUGUCUCUAACUAGCAGAACUAGCUUGUCUUAAGAGUUAGUUAUUUUACCAUUGUACCUGUGCCUACCAUUUAUGGUUUAAAAAGUUUUUUACUAAGAACUAAGAUGAGCCAUUUUCAAUACGUUACAUCUGAUAAAGUAUGUGAUAACUGCCAUAAAUUUUUGUCAGUAACUCCAGUCAAAGUAUAUCCAAACAGAAGAAUAAAAUGUGGCAGAUGUUCAACAAGCAAUGAUGAAGAAGAGGAUGGUGGUGUACAUUCUGUGUACAAUCAAAUUGCUACAAGAAUUUCUUUCGAGUGCAUUAACAAGUUUGAUGGUUGUACACAAUUAUUGCAAUCAUCGGAUGUGGUUGAACACGAAAAAAUAUGUUUAUCCAAAAUAUGCACCUGUCCUAUUUGUUUGGAAGAAAUGUUUACGUUUUUAAUAAUUCGCCAUUUUAAAGUAAAUCAUCCCGAAUCUUUAUUAGGAAAACCUCAUUUUCAAAUAACUGAUUUAAAGAAUAUAGAAAAAACAUUUUUAUACCAAUUAGAAUUUGAUUUGCUUUUUGUGAACUUUCGUGAUGUAUCUGAUUCGUUUGCGGAUAAUUUAAGGUGUUUUUCAUUAAACUUUCUAUUACAUUUGGGAAAAAAAGACUACAUUAAAAAUUUCAGUACAGAUUUCUUUUUCUUCGAGAAAAAUACUGAUAUUCUAGGCAAAACUAUUUGCACAAGAGGAAACACUUCAGUUACAUAUAAUAUAACUUUAAAUAUUACAUGUGAGUCAAAGUUGCUGGUAAUGUUUCAUUUAUAUUGUGACGAAUCAAAAAGUGCUGUAGUCAAUGUAAUACAACACAAAAUAAAUAAAAUAGAAGAAAAUAAUAAUUUGAAAUUUUUAACUCAAAAUAAUUCCGAUUUAAAAAUAUUUCAUAAACAGCUGGGAGAAUAUUUUAAAACUGUUUUAUUUCAGAAGCGUGAUAUUUUUGUGAAUGAAAAAUUUGAAGAAUCUGUUUCAGAUUUAGCGAUUACUGGAAAAGCAACAAUUUCUUAUACAAAAUUAGAUGAAAAAGUCACCAUUACAUUUAGUUGUUAUUAUUGCUCGUUAUUUUGUCCUUGUGGUUUUGAAGAUAAUAGUGAUAAAGUAUAUUUGAUUGGAAAUAAUGGUCAUUAUUAUACACUGUGUUUUGGAUGCCCUAAUAUAGACAAUUUAGUUACAAAAGAAGAUUUUACAUAUGACGAAUUAAGAGAAAUUAUGUUUUUUUGCACCUGGGGUUGUGGAACACUUUGUGGUUAUGAAGAGUUGUGUAUGCAUGAAAGAAAUUGUAAAAAACUAAUUUAUCAGAAAUGUCCCAUUCAAUCAUGUUUUCAUUAUUUGAAAUUAUACGCAAUUAAACAGCAUGUUGAAAACGAACAUUCAUUAGUAAUUUGCCAAUCAAUCGAUUUAUAUCCGGCAAAGAUUAAGGUAAAUUUAGAUAUUUCCAGAUCUACCAUAGAGCAUAUUGUGUUAAUAUGGUGUGUAUGCGUUCUUGUUAAAUUUAAAUGGGAACAACCAAAUUGGAUUAUCAGUUUAACUUGUGAAAUACCAGGUAUAAUAAUAAAAGCUAAAAUAUUUAAUUUGAAAAAAAAACUAAUAUCUGCAAUAAUUGAAAGUGGUUUAAUUCCACACAAUAAGGAAAUACAAGUACGUCUAUAUUGUUUAGAUACCAAAAAAGUUAUUUAAAAACAAGUGUUUAACCUCAAAUUGACAAAAAAGUGAUUGGGUGACCAAUUUAUUGUUUAACUUUUGAUCCAUUUUAAAUGCUUAGGUAUAUAUGUAUAUAGGUACUUUCAAAAGUAUUGGAUACAUCAAAAUAAUAAUUUCAUUCACCAUGAUUGUUAUUUUUUUUUAAUUAACACAUUUUACUUACUGGAAAUUAACUUACCUCUUUUUACUUAUAGGACAAUUUUUUUUAAAUUAAAUUAGAACACCCUGAACAUUUCGGCAUAAUCAAAAAGUACUACUGAAAAUAUCGAAUCGUCAAAUCAACUAUAUACUCGUAAUGCCAUUUAUAGAUCAUUAGAUUUUCCCCAAACAUUCAAAUCUUAUGGAAAUUGGUCAGUUUAUUCCUUCUUAUCUUAGGUAUUUUAGCAUAAAGUUAUCUUUCAACUACCUUGUCUUUUAUAAUAUUCUCCUUUAUUUUUUAUUGUCUUUGUUGAUAUCUUUUCCAUGAUUGUUUUUUCUACUUAACCUCUUUAAUUACGUUUUAGAAUAUGGGAAAGAACAUGAGGCUUUCAGAAUAUCCAAAAAUAUAGUGUGUAGGCUGGUUAAUUUUGAAUAAAAAAUCCUAUAUGCAAAAUUAGGUUUAUUAAUGUCUAAUAUUUUUAUGCUAUUAAGCAAAAGUAUAUAAUUAUAAUUUUUUACUUGCUUCUUUUUUAAAAAGUUUUUUUUCUCACUGC